AUGAAGACUUCGUGGUUGGGGUGGUCCCUCCUCUCUUUGUUGACCGGCUCGACAGUGGCCGCGUCUGCGAAACUAGAAAAGAGAGCAAACCGUGGACUCGACUCUGAUCAACCUACAGUCUUCAAUGGACUGGAUGUUCCCCCAUUGACCCAACUUACUCCUGAUAACUUCGAUGAGCUCAUCAAAGAUGGCCAGUGGCUCAUUAAACAUUAUUCGCCCUCAUGCGGCCACUGUCGAAAGGCUGCACCGCCGUACCAGACGAUUUAUGAAUACUACUAUACCUCCAACCCCGUCUCUCCAGCCUCAGGGAAGUCGCCCGAUCCCAAGUCUCUCAACGGCUUCACCAACUACUUCAACUUCCAUUUCGGCUCCAUGAAUUGUCUAGCCCACGGAGACCUUUGCGAGAAGCUUGGAAUUUCGGCCUGGCCCACCUUUGCAUUCUAUGACCAGGGUGAGCAAAAGGACAAGCACAUUGUUAAAAAUGUGAUCAAGGAUCUCAGCCCCCUUAUUGAAGAGAAACUCGAGGCGGCCAAGCCUGGGUCUCGCCCUCCCCAGGGCAUCAAGUUGCCUGAGGUUGGUGCCUCUAGCGUGGAUUCGAGUGCGGAACCCGAUUCACCCUUGGCCAAGGACAAAGACCCUGCGGCUGGUGUACAGGCCGGUGAGAAGCAAAACGAGCUGGCUUCGCAGAAAGAAUCUGGUACUUCUUCAGACUCUAAGGCAGUUGACACGAUCGAGACCAAGAGAAAACCUGAAUCGGCGCCUCCCAAUCCUCAGGGACUCUCUGUUCCUCUCACCGCUGAGAGCUUCCAGAAGCUGGUCACUUCUACCCAGGAUCCCUGGUUUAUCAAGUUUUACGCCCCUUGGUGCGGUCACUGCCAGGCCUUGGCUCCCAACUGGCAGGCGAUGGCCAAAGAAAUGAAGGAUGUCCUGAACGUGGGUGAGGUGAACUGCGACGUGGAAUCUCGAUUGUGUGAAGAUGCUCGCGUCAGCUCUUUCCCCACCAUGUAUUUCUUCCGGGGUGGUCAGCGCGUGGAAUACACGGGUCUUCGUGGUCUUGGUGACCUGCUUUCCUAUACAAAGAAGGCCGUUGGACCCGGCUCUAGUAUCGAGGACGUCGAUGGGGCUACUUUCAAGGAGCUCGAGGAGACUGAAGAAGUCUUGUUCCUCUAUUUCUACGAUGACGCCACUACGUCUGAGGACUUCCGCGCUAUGGACCGUCUGACUCUUAGCCUCGUGGGACAUGCUCGCAUUGUCAAGACUAACAGUGCUGCCUUGGCAGCGCGCUUCAAGAUCUCGACUUGGCCUCGUCUAUUGGUGGUCCGUGAUGAACGGGCUAGCUACUACAAUGCUCUUGCCCCCAAGGAUAUGAGAGACUUCCGUGCAGUUCUAGCCUGGAUGCAAACCGUCUGGCUGCCCAUUGUUCCCGAGCUGACGGCAUCCAAUGCCCGUGAGAUUAUGGAUGGGAAGUACGUCGUGCUUGGUAUUCUUAGCCGCCGUCGUUCCGACGAUUUCAAGCAGUCCAAGCGGGAACUGAAGGAAGCCGCUCUUGAGUGGAUGGAUAAACAAGUGCAGCUUUUCCGACUUGAAAGGUCAGAGCUUCGUGACUCCAAACAACUGCGUAUCGAAGAAGCCGAUGAUCGUGAUGACCAGCGUGCCCUACGGGCUGCUAAGAACAUGCGCAUCACUAUUCGCGAGGAUGACAAGAAGGCAGUUGCCUUUGCCUGGGUUGAUGGCGAUUUCUGGGAGCGCUGGAUUCGCACCACCUACGGCAUCGAUAUCGAAAGUAGUGACCGUGUCAUUGUGAAUGACGAAGAUAAUCGCCGAUACUGGGAUACUGCUUCCAGCGGUGCUCCGGUCAUGGCCUCUCGUACUUCGAUCCUCGAGACCAUUCCCCUCGUUAUCUCCUCUCCUCCCAAGCUAGCCGCCAAGUCCACCAUUGGCACCUUUGAGACCUUCUUCUUCUACACCCGCUCCUUCCUCAGCAGCCACCCCAUUCUCUUUUUCAUUCUGUUGGGUAUCACGGUUGCGGUUGCCACCAUCUUCGGUCGCGGACGCCUGCUACGCCGUAGCGGACUUGGCCGUGGUGGCAUUAUUGGCAACUCCAAUGGCGGCGGUUUCUUCCACCUGGACGGCAAGGAGGGUAUCUUGAACGGAGGUUCGACAGGAAAAGUCGACUAA